AUGGAGUCCUCAUCCGUAGCCGCCAAUGCCGCCGCGGACUCCGCCACCGAUCACCAGGAUUCGGAGAGCUCCGUCGCAGACACGGUAGUACAAUACGUGGUGCUGCGACGGGACCUAAUCGACUCAUGGCCCCUGGGGAGCGUGGUGACGCAGGGAUGCCAUGCCUCUGUCGCCGCCAUAUGGUCCAACAAGGAUGACGCUCAUACUCUCCUCUACUGUUCCCCCUCCAAUCUGGAUUCUAUGCAUAAGGUUACUCUUGAAGUUAAAGGUGAAGCCCAGAUAUUGAACUUAUCAGAGAAGCUAAAAGCUGCCGGCAUCGCUCAUAAGCUGUGGAUUGAACAACCCGAGAACGUUCCCACAUGUCUUGCCACGAAACCUUAUCCUAAAUCCUUCGUGUCAUCAUAUUUCAAAAAGCUUAAACUCUGUAAGUGA